AUGAAAUUCUUAACAGCUGCAUCAAUUUUAUCAUUAUCUUCAUCAGCUUUAGCUGCAGUCAGACCAAUUCAAUUUUUUGCCACUUCUGAAAAUGAAGAAGUAAAUGAAGUUGGAUUAUAUUCAACUCAUGAAGGUGCAGGUAUCAAUUAUUUCUUUGUAGGAAGUGCUCAAACUUUACAAUAUGAUGAUGAAUCUAAAAUUGUCUACGUUGAAUUAAAUACUCAACCACCAACUGCUCAAGCAUUAGCUUUUCAAGGUGACUUUUUAGCCUUAACUGUUGCUGAAGUACCAUUACAAGUUGAAAUUGCUGAGGAUGGUACUGUUACUUUCCCAGGAUCAGAUGCUCUUGCCGCUGCAAAAGAUGUUAAUGAUCCAUAUGGUUAUUCAAAAGACGUCUAUGCUGUUAUCAAAGCUAGAGAAGACGCUAUUCCAUUAACUAUUAAAGCAGUUCUUGCUGAAGAACCAAUUGAACCUGAAGUAACUGAAUCAGUUGGAGUAACUGAAUCAGUUGGAGAACCUGUAUCAACUGAAGCCCCACCUUUAAAAACCGUUACUGUAUAUACAACUUGGUGUCCAGAACCAACAACAAUCACAUUAACCGUAUGUGAAACAGUAUGUUCUAAAACUGAAAUAACUGUAACCGAACCAGGUUAUGUCACUGUUAGUAACGUUGUUGAACCAACUGAAGAACCAGUUGAACCAGAAGAACCAGAAGUACCAGUAGCUACUGAGACCAUUGUCCCUCCAUUUGAAGGUGGUGCUGUUAAAUACCAAAUUGGUUCCUUGGCUGUUGCUUUUGCUGCUAUUGGUUAA